AUGAGCGAUUCUAAAUCCCCCAAACCCGUCUCCGUCCUAUUCGUCUGCCUAGGAAACAUCUGCCGUUCAACAAUGGCAGAAGGCGUCUUCCAAUCCCUCACCACCAACCCCCCACACCCCCUCAUCUCCACAAUCGACUCCUGCGGCACCGGCGCCUACCAUCUCGGCUCCAGCCCCGACUCCCGCACCAUGGCGACCCUCCGCAAAAACGGCAUAACCUCCUACCGUCACUCCGCACGCAAAUUCUCCCCCAGCAGCGACUUGGAGAAGUUCGACUACAUACUCGCCAUGGAUGAUGAGAAUCUAGCGGACUUAGAGGCGUUAAGGCAGAGGGAGUUGAAGAAGGCAGAUGUGGAUGAGGAGAGUUUGGGGAGGGUUAUGCUGUUUGGCGAGUUUGGGGGGAAGAUGAGGAAAGGGAGGAGAGGAGAGAAGGGCGAGGAGAUUGAUGAUCCGUAUUACGGGGGUGAUGAUGGGUUUAGGAUUGCGUAUGAGCAGUGUGUUAAAUUCAGCAAAGAGUUUUUGGAGAGGCUGGAGAGGGGCGAACUAAGCUGA